GGACAGUGUGUGCUGCUAGAAAACCAACUACAUUUUAGAAGUCGCUGAGCCCGCUUGCAUUGUCCACAACCGCCAUUGUUUGAGUUUCCACAGGCUUCUUUAAGAGGGAGGGAGGGAGGGGAGGGAGAGAAGGAGAGGAGGAUCCAAGAGGUGUGGAGGUGGAACUCUCCCUUGUUUCAGACUCAAGCCUCUUCUUGCCUGAGUGGUUGUUGCCGUGGCUGUGCACAGCGUGAGGGUUAGGGUUCAGCCGCGCAUGACUCAGAGCCCUAAGUGUUAGGGUUAGGGUUCAGCCGCGCAUGACUCAGAGCCCUAAUGUUUCCAGGACUGGCAUCCAUGUCUUCAGGGGCUCCUCAGGUCCAACAGGAGAUAUGAGAGGACUGUUCUCAAGUGUUUUAUGAAUCUGUUAUGACCACACUAUACUAUCAUUGCUAAAUGUUACAAUUGCAAAGGUUUUCCAAUCAUAUAUGCAUUUCUAGAUAACUGGCGUAGAUCUUUGCUAUGAAAGACUGAAUGUUGAAUCAGAAUGUUUUGGGAAUCAAACAGGUCCACACUAGUACAGAUAGUUUGGCAUACCUCUUUUUGGUGGGACUUCUGUUAGAGCCUUGCUGGGACCAACCCACACGCACCUGUCCAAGGAAGUGUCCAGCAAGGCUUGGACAGAAGUUUGACACACAACCAGAUGAAUAUGGUGCUGGUAAGGGCUGGUGUUAUACAUGCCAGGCUGGUGGUGCAGAGGAGAAGCCCAUGUGCCAGGCUGGUGGUGCAGAGGAGAAGCCCAUGUGCCAGGCUGGUGGUGCAGAGGAGAAGCCCAUGUGCCAGGCUGGUGGUGCAGAGGAGAAGCCCAUGUGCCAGGCUGGUGGUGCAGAGGAGAAGCCCAUGUGCCAGGCUGGUGGUGCAGAGGAGAAGCCCAUGUGCCAGGCUGGUGGUGCAGAGGAGAGGCCCAUGUGCCAGGCUGGUGGUGCAGAGGAGAAGCCCAUGUGCCAGGCUGGUGGUGCAGAGGAGAAGCCCAUGUGCCAGGCUGGUGGUGCAGAGGAGAAGCCCAUGUGCCAGGCUGGUGGUGCAGAGGAGAGGCCCAUGUGCCAGGCUGGUGGUGCAGAGGAGAGGCCCAUGUGCCAGGCUGGUGGUGCAGAGGAGAGGCCCAUGUGCUUAGGCUUUGCAGAGAGGCUAACCUGAAGAUCAGUGAACAGAAAGACAGCGAUCAUCUUUUAGACGUCUGUGUAACUUAUCCUGCAGUCAGUCCGUGACCAAACACGGCCCUAUUGUAAUUCUAUCUAUAGUCAUUUUUCGUACAUUAUUUAAAUUUACACUUCACUGCCAAUCAUAUCUUUCCAAACAAAUGGACCAAUUGACUGUUGUGGUUGGAAACGGUGGGAGUAUUGUGCACACAUUUCUCUCAGCUUUGUAGACACGCCAUCACAUUCAGUUUGGUGAAUGCGUCCUUUUAUAUAUGUUUAAAGUUGUCCCACAAGUGUUCCCAAGGUACUGAGUACCUUGAUACCCAGCCAUGUUCCAUUUUCCAUAAAUGCACAAAAUAGUAAUUUCUGCUGGUUACGGAAAUGACUUGGUCCUCCUUGUGCUGUCAGACAAACUGAACCAGCUGCACCAUACUGCAUUACAUAUGAACCCCAGGAAUUGGGAUGUAGUCCUUUUUAUUUUUAUGGAUAACUGUUUUUCCCAUUCUUUUUUUUUUCUUUCUUUGCACAUCAUACUCGUGUACACUAAACAGUAGGAUUAUUUUCCAUGAGACUUAAGAGACGUGAAGAGACUAGCCCUCCCUCUGCACGUGCUAAGGUGUUACAGCUGAGUUCUGAGCUCAUGUGGUCUUCACACCAGAGGGGUUGGGGAGCAAAUGGAGACAUAUGGAAGUUAAGAAAGUGUUUUGCAUUUCACAAGCCAGAGACAUGGUUCCAAAGAAUACAUCUGAACACAGCCAUGCCUGCAAGCUCACCGGGGGAGGUGAACAUGCAUGAUCCAGUGGGAUUAACAGUAAACACAACAUGGAAAGCAAUCAGAAUGCUUGUGCAUGGACUGGCUGGACACGGGCACCCUUCAGGGCAGACCUGUAUUUAAGACGGAUAUUUUUUUUUCUGCUUUGAAGAUUUGAACCAGAUCUCUUCUCAGUCUUUUCUGCAUGAGGGCAGACAAUAGUGUGUGGGUGUGAGGGGUGGUACAAAAGUAUUGAAAUUAAUCUACUUUAUGGUCUUAAAGAAUUAAAAGUUUAUGUUUACUACUUUCCCUGUCUCCCAUGACAAUGAUGAUGUUGAUGAUGCAUCCAAAUACCAGAGGUGGCAAAGGUACAGUACUACUGGUUACCUCCUCCAUGGCCUUGCCUGUUGGCCACAGCUGGCCACAGCUGGCCACAGCUGGCCACAGCUGGCCACAGCUGGCCACAGCUGGCCACAGCUGGCCACAGCUGGCCACAGCUGGCCACAGCUGGCCACAGCUGGCCACAGCUGGCCACAGCUGGGCACAGCUGGGCACAGCUGGGCACAGCUGGGCACAGCUGGGCACAGCUGGGCACACCUGGGCACACCUGGGCACACCUGGGCACACCUGGGCACAGGUCCUCAGUUCAGUCGGAAGUCUUACUGUCACCAAAGACAACACUCCAACACUAUUUAAUCCCCUCGUUGUGAUGAAAGACAAAACAAUACUGUAAAGCCUUAGUGUGACAACAGGGUUCCAGUCAGUGGAAACUGGCUGUUUCUAUUUUGGACAGCCUCAGAACAACUUUUUUUUUUUGUGAAAAAUUUUAACAUAUGUUCAUGUUAGAAAACGACCACUGCACAAGUGACACAUGAUCCUGUAGUGCCCGAGGCAG